GGGUGUGUGCGUGUGUGUAUCCAUCAGAGCUUAUUUUUAACGCAAUCUGUUCGAUCUUUAAGGAAGAGAAGAAGAAGAAGAGGGAGAGAUUUGAACGCAGAGAGCAGAGAGCAGAGAGCAGAGAGCAGAGAUGUCGUGGCAAACAUAUGUGGAUGAGCACUUGAUGUGCGAUAUUGAAGGCAACCACCUCGCCGCCGCCGCCAUCAUCGGCCAAGACGGCAGCGUUUGGGCCCAAAGCGCCACUUUCCCUCAGUUUAAGCCUGAAGAAAUAACUGCUAUUAUGAAUGACUUUUCUGAACCCGGGUCACUUGCACCAACCGGCUUAUACCUUGGUGGGACAAAGUAUAUGGUGAUCCAAGGUGAGCCAGGCGCUGUUAUAAGAGGAAAAAAGGGCCCUGGUGGUGCUACUGUCAAGAAGACCAAUCAGGCUCUGAUAAUUGGAAUAUACGACGAACCAAUGACCCCUGGCCAGUGCAACAUGAUUGUGGAAAGGCUGGGCGAUUAUCUGAUUGACCAGGGUCUGUAGUAGUUGCAUUCUUAUGUACACCUUUUUCUUUUUGUUUUGGACGUCUUCCCUUUUUUUUUGGUGCUGGGGUUUUAGCUUUUUUCUUUCUUUCUUGGUUCAUGUUUACUUGCAAACCUUUCCCCCUGAGUCCCCCACAUCUCUUCAGGGGUUUGUAUUCGGCCACCUGAAGUUGGAAUUGUGGCAUUGUGGUGGCAUCUAUAUAUUUCACCAGUAAUGGAGAAUGUGUCUGGAUUGCUGCUUGGAAGAAUAUGGUCUUCUUCCUUUAUACAAAGCUAUUUGGCAUUGUAAACACUUCCGAGAGGUUGCAUGUUGAUUUUGAUUAUACUGUUUAAUAAGAUUUGUGUUUCCCCUAA